ACGUUCCGGUCCGCCUGGCCCGGCUGCAGUGGAUGUUGCUAGAACCCACGCGGAGGAAGGAAGAGACGCAGGCAGGCUGCGGUGACCCAAGCGUCUGCUCCUGCCUCAGGGACCCCUUCCCCGAGAGACGGCACCAUGACCCAGGGAAAGGUCUCCGUGGCUAACAAGGCCCCCAGCACCGAGGGGCAGCAGCAGGCCAAUGGCGAGAAGAAGGAGGCUCCAGCAGUGCCCUCGGCUCCGCCCUCCUAUGAAGAGGCCACUUCCGGGGAGGGGCUGAAGGCAGGGGCCUUCCCUGCCGCCCCUCCAGCUGUGCCUCUCCACCCCAGCUGGGCCUACGUGGACCCUAGCAGCAGCUCCAGCUAUGACAGCGGUUUCCCCGCCGGAGACCAUGAGCUCUUCACCACCUUCAGCUGGGAGGACCAGAAAGUUCGCCGAGUCUUCAUCAGAAAGGUCUACACCAUCCUGCUGAUCCAGCUGCUGGUGACCCUGGGUAUCGUGGCUCUCUUUACCUUCUGUGACCCUGUUAAGGACUAUGUCCAGGCUAACCCAGGCUGGUACUGGGCAUCUUACGCUGUGUUCUUUGCGACCUACCUGAUCCUGGCCUGCUGUACUGGACCCAGGAGGCAUUUUCCCUGGAACCUGAUUCUCCUGACCGUCUUUACCCUGUCCAUGGCCUACCUCACUGGGAUGUUGUCCAGUUACUACAACACCACCUCUGUGCUGCUGUGCCUCGGCAUCACGGCCCUCGUCUGCCUCUCCGUCACUGUCUUCAGCUUCCAGACCAAGUUUGACUUCACCUCCUGCCAGGGCGCGCUCUUCGUACUGCUCAUGACUCUCUUCUUCAGUGGACUCAUCCUGGCCAUCCUCCUACCCUUUCAAUAUGUGCCCUGGCUCCACGCAGUGUAUGCCGUGCUGGGAGCAGGCGUGUUUACAUUGUUCCUGGCAUUUGACACUCAGUUGCUGAUGGGAAACCGACGCCACUCACUGAGCCCCGAGGAGUAUAUUUUUGGAGCCCUCAGCAUCUACCUAGACAUCAUCUACAUCUUCACCUUCUUCCUGCAGCUUUUCGGCACCAACCGGGAAUGAGGAGCCCUCCCCACCGCCCUUUCCUUCAGAGAAUGCUCCCCUGCUGGCCCUCUGACCCUGCCGUGCUUCCGUAGCCCAGAUAUAAACCAGCCGCCAGCCCAGCCCGUGGCCAGCCUGCUCACUCCCUCAGUCUGUCCCUCCUCCUCACCCUCCGUAGCUGUGUCCGUGCCAUCAGGGGCCCCGUGGAACUGAGGUCACGCUGUGCCCUGCGCCACCCCUUCCCCCAGUUACACCUCCCAGACUGGGACAGUCGAGGCAGAGGUUCCUUUGGGUUUGAAGACCCAAGGGACGAGUGGGAAGACACCAGCAGGAUUUUAGAUGUGGGAAGGGGGACCCUAGGAAGCCUGGCUGAGGCCUGCCCCCCAUCAAGAUUCCUCCUGAGGCUGCCACAGCUGUGUGACCCUGGGGCACACUGUCCUGUGUCCAGUCCAUCCUCCUCUCUUUCCUUCCAGCUCAGGCUUUGUAAGGGAGGGGGUGGGGAAUGGCGGGGAGAUAAGGGGAGGGUGCUCUGCAGGGCGGCUGCCCCAGGCUGGCCUCUGCUCUCGGCUCUGGGACUAACGGCUUGUUCUAGGGACUGGAACCCCACGCCCAGGAGCACCCAGAAGGACAUAGGAAGGCAGUGCCACCUACCCUCCUUGAUCAUGACAGAGCAUUGUUGAGUCAGGAGGCCCUGCUCUUAAGGAGGGGCCUUCCCUGGGGCUCCAGGGGAGUGAGCACAGGUCAGACAGCUGGGAGGUCUGGGCUCUGCAGUGCCACCAGUCACCCCGGCUGCAUCCCCUGGUCAGGCCUGGGGGUGGCAGGACUGAGCCUAUUCCUCUCACCCUCUUUUCUGGCCCCAUGGGAUGCUCCCACAGGCCUGAGGCUGGGUGCUGGCGCCCUGGAAGACUGGAUGUUCUGAGGGAGGGGGGUUAUUCUAACUGAGCCAGCCCCAACUGGAGGGACUGUCCUACCUGUCCCUGUCCCCCACUCUUCCCCAAGGCCUUUCUGCACAUCUUAUUUCUUCAGCCCUCCCCCAUCUAAUGCCAUUUGCUGGCUUACCCCUAGCCAGGCCUCCUGAGGCCUCAGUUGGCUGUGCCUAGGCCCCAUCCCCUAGCUUCUCUGGCCACUCAGCACAGAGUCCCUAAGCCCCCCUUCAUCCCUUAUCUCCUCAUCUCUCUAAUUUGGAAGCUAUCCAGCCAGAGCCAGUCCCUUCUGCUGGCCCUUGUGAUGAGGCCAGGUCUCCUUAUCAGCCUCUAGGCAGCUGAGAUCUCAGGCAGGGGGCCCCCUGCUUGGGGGAAGCCUGCAGCCAGCACAGCCAGCUCCCGGCCAGUGGAAAGUUACUGGGUGGGGUCAGGGAGGUUCAGAGCAGAUUCCUCUGUGUCCAGGUACCUCUCCUACUCCUAUGUUGGGGGACCUGCUUACACUAGGAGAUGGUGACUAGGUAUGCUGUCUGUCUGUGUUCCCAACUCCUCCCUCCCCAACCUUCCUAUUUUCAACUUUCAAGAACACUCACACAGGCUCUGGCCUGAUAGCUCAGUGGGUUAGAGAGUCGUCCCGAUAUGCCCGGAUUGCCGGUUUGAUCCCCAGUCAGGGCGCAUACAAGAAUCAACCAGUGAAUGCAUCAAUAAGUGGAACUCCAAAUCAAGGUUUCUCUCUGACUCUCUCUCUUCCUUUUUCUCUCUCUCAAAUAAAUAAAAUAAA